UGUCUGUACGGACCCAAUGACAGGACAAACAGCGAUAUAAAGCAUGUGUUUGAGUGCUAUCUGGAGAUCCGGUCGCCGUCUGCCACGACUGUGGCGACCAAUGGGGACUCGUCGUCGGUGUCAUCAGUGGUUCGCAAAUACCCGGAGCACUACUCGCAACAGGAGAUCCUGCGGUGUGUGCCGCAGUUCGCCUACCCGUGCGCUGUGGACGUGGAGACGGUCACCCACUUCUCGUUCGUGUUGACGGCCGUGGACUCCAAGUGGACGUUCGGCUUCUGUCGUCUGGCGCCCCACCACUCGACCUCUCAAGUGAUCCUAUCGUCCCUGCCCUGGCACUCGACCUUCUAUAAGGUGCUCAACCAUUGCGCCGAAAUCCGCUCCCACGUCGAGCUCGACGCCAACAACCGCCACAAAACGACGUCCAACUUCUUGGAGGCCAUCUACCAGUCGGAGGUCCCGCAGCCGGGCCUCGACCUCGUGGUCACCUACUGUAUGGACGGUAUGCCGGGUGUGAAGGAGUUCUGCGCCCAGUGUCCCGAUCACCACAAACUGCCGUCGAUUCCCGAGGACCGCAAUCUCACGGAAUACUUCAACGCCAUCGACGCCUCUAAUAUGAUCGUCGUCUUCGCCAAUAUGCUGAACGAGAGGCGAAUCAUAAUGACGUCCAAGAAGUUGAGUCGACUGUCGGCCUGCGUCCAGGCGGCCAACUCUCUCAUAUACCCCAUGCAUUGGCAGCACAUCUUCAUACCCGUGCUACCCAACCAUCUGAUCGACUACCUGAGCGCUCCCAUGCCCUUCCUCAUAGGCGUGCCCUCAGCCAUCAUGAAUAGGGUCCGGCGCUCGGAGUUGGGAGACAUUGUGAUACUCGACUGCGACGACAAUAAGAUUGAGUCGCCCUUCGAUGACGUCCAGACGCUGCCCACAGACAUCGUGCAUACGCUCAAGAAGAGUCUCCGGAACCCGAUGUCGAUGUCAAUGCUGGGCGAUGUGGUCUCCCGUUCCUUCCUGCGGGCGUUGGUGUCGCUGAUCGGCUGCUAUCGGGACGCCCUUCGGUUCACUCCGGGCCAGAAGAUUAGCUUCAACUACGAGGCGUUCGUGUCCUCGCGUUCGCCAUCAGUGCAGACAUUCCUCGAGAAGAUGCUUCAGUUGCAGAUAUUCCGCCAAUUCAUCGAAGGGAGGCUCGAAAUGCUCAACAAUGGCGAGGGCUUUAGCGAUGAGUUCGAGUUCGAGCUCAAUAUGUAUGAAGACAAGAGCACUCAUCGGCUUAAGACUCAGUACAGAGAAUGGUUGGCUGCGAUGCGCAAAGAGGGCGGCGCUAUACUCAAGAGCGUCAACCCUCGGAUGAAGUCUGUCUACAGACAAGUCAAAGACAGGAGUCGUCAGACAUAUAGGGAUCUGAAGACCAAAAUGCAGAACAACGAGCGGACGUAUAAUUAUGCGGACAAUACUCAGAAGUCGUCUUCCGGUGACUAUAGAGCGCACAAGACGUCGAGCGCGCCGUCGAGUCCUACGCUUCCCAUUAAGAAAUUGAGCGGAAGUAUUAAGAAGAGUAUUAGUGGUAAUGUCAUCGGAACCACAGACAAAACGGUGACAUAUGUCCGCCAAAAGACUUCCAACAGCAGCAGUGAAUCCAAUGGCACAGCCAUCAGUCGUUUACAAAACGGGUUCACAAAGUCAUUGUCGGUCACUAACGGUCUCUCAUCGGUGUCGUCCACGUCGGCGCCCACUAUGUCGGUGGCACCGGAAGCCUCGCCCGAGGUAUCGGACGUGGAUUCGGAGCACUCGCACGAGAUGUUGACUUUCGACAGAAUCGAAAUCGAUUUGAUGGGAGAGCUGAAGGAGUUCCUCCACAAGAAGUCAUCGACCGACGAGUCAUCGAAUAGCAGUAAAUCUAAUAAAUCGAUUCGCAGCCAAAAUAGUUCUUCUAAUUCCUCGCAAUCCAAUGCCAUCUCAUUCAUCGCGAAACCCAUUCCUCCGCCAAGAAGUCAAGUGCACCGCAAGACGAAGCCAUUCCUGGAGGACAGGGAUGGCAAAGAGGCGUCGCUCAUAGAGUUGGACACUCCGCCGGACGAGGACCUGAAACAGGACGCGAAUGUUAUAUUUGACCCGUUGUUUGAAGUGAAGCCACCGGAACUCAAACCCCAAACAGACUUCCAGGCGAUCAGAAACUCUUGGAAUUCAUUGUCGAAUAAUUACAGCAAUAAUAAUAACAUGAAUAACAAUAAUAAAGCAAAUGACUUCCGAUUGAAUGUAUCGUCAUUUGUGCCAAAUGUAUGCCCAAAGCCCUUAACGAAUGCAAAUCCGGUCAACCCUUUCCUUUUGGUGGACAAUCAGAGUCACAGUCGUCCGCAGAAUAGCUUUGACCGAUUGGGUCAGUUGCCAGCAGUGGUGGCCCAGACGAGCGCCAGUGCCAGCACAGGCAACAGUGGGUGCAAUGCCAGUGCCUUAUCGCAGACAAACACUAAACAAACCACAUAUUCGUUGUCAGAUAUGAUCAACUGGUCGUCGGCUCAGAUUACAAGUGGCGCACAAAAGCCUAAUCUCAUGCCUGCACUCCCAGUGCAGACCACACUCUCCACCACUAACGCCAACACUAGUAAUCCGUUCAAGACGUCCAACUCUUGGCAACACUUCGAUUGACCGCUCACUCAAUGACUUCCAUUCAAUGAUUACUCAAAACAUCAGUUAUUAUAUUAUAAACAACUUAAGAACUCAACUCUAAUACCAUUGCAACAGUUUAUGGGACGUGUGGACAGAGUUAUCGUCUCUUUAAUGACUUUCAAGACUUCACUUCCAUUUGAAAUGAAUGUAUAGUUAAUAACCAAAUGAACAAAACGGUUCUCGAUAUACCGUAUAAUAAGUUAAUAAGUUUUAGGAAUAAAUAAUUCGUUGAUUUAACUCUCUAUAUAUUAUUAAAUAAAUGUUA